AAAUCAGUAAGCAGCCCGGCCGGCGGGCCGCAGGAGGUCAGGGUUCGAGCUGCGCGACUUGUCGCCGAUGGACUCGUCCAACUACAGCUGCGUCUACGUGGACCCCGCGCGGCCCGUGGGCUCCGCGCCCAGCGCGCGCCUGGAGCUGCGCGUGGACGGACCCCUCCCCAAGCCGCGGCUCCGGCCCCUGUGGAGCGGGAAGGUGAGUCCGGGCCGGGACGCUGUCCUGCGCUGCGAGACCCCUGUGGCCCACCAAUCCUUGGAGCUGCUGGCAGCGGGCGAAGUGGUGGCCUCGGCAUAUGGCCCCUCCGAGGACCUGGUGCUGACCUACGUGGGGCCCCAACACGCCGGCAAGUACAGCUGCCGCUACCGCUCCCGGUGGCCCCUGGUGUCUGAGCUGAGCGACCCCGUGGAGCUCCAGGUGGCAGAACGCUGAUCCAUCUGCAGACCUGGCUGCUGAGGGUCUCCUGGUUCCCUCCGGCUCUGCUCCUCCUGCUGCAGCUCGCGGCUGGACCACGCCCGGAGCAGGGAGAGUGUGUGGGGGGGCAUCAGGAGGGCUCCCCCUCACUCCUCCCAGGAAUUAAUAAAUGUGAAAAGACUUUA